AUGAGGAGGUUAAACGACGCUUCUGGGAGGGGGUUAGAUGAGAUUGUGCGCCAGGUUCUGCCUGCUAAGAAGCUGUUCAUAGGAGGAGAUUUCAAUGGUCAUAUUGGGGCGACCGCAGGUGGCUAUGGCAAGGUGCAUGGAGGCUUUUGUUUUGGGGAGAGGAAUGGAGGAGGUACCUCGCUGUUGGACUUCGCUAAGGCUUUUGGGUUGGUGAUUGCGAACUCUAACUUUCCGAAGAGGAAAGAGCAUUUGGUUACUUUUCAAAAUGAGGUAGUGAAGACUCAGAUUGACUAUCUCCUCCUCAGGAGGUGUGAUAGCUGGUUGUGCAAGGACUGCAAGAUGGUGAGGACACGCGCUACUGGUCAGGACAGACAACCACCAGUACCACCAGUGGGAGUCGCAAGAGGCCGAGGUCGCAGUAGAGGCCAUGGUAGGGGCAGAGGCGUAGCCCGCAUAGUAGCUAAGGCAGCACCUGCAGAUCCACCA